AUGUUAUCCCGCCUUCACCACUUCCCCUCCUGUCUUCAUUUCUUUCUUAAUUUAUUAUUUCCUUCCUUUCUCUUCCUUCCUUUUCCCUCCACUCCCCCUAAUUUCAUUCCUUCCCUUUUCCGUCCUUCCUUCCAUCUUCACACGUUUCUUUCUUUCUUUCUUUCUUUCUUUUAUUCAUUUCUUCCUUUUUUUCUUUUCCUCCUUCCUUUCUCCGUUCUUGAUUCCUUUUACCAUACUUCUUCCUCUCUCCCUUUCUUUUUCUCCUCCUUUCCUUCUUUCCUUUUUCGUUCUUACUUCCUUUCUUCAUUUUUGUCCUUUCUUUCUUUCUUUCUUUCUUUCUUUCUUUCUUUCUUUCUUUCUUUAUUCAUUUCUUCCUUUUUUUCCUUUCCUCCUUCCUUUCUUCAUUCUUUCCUUUCUCCGUCCUUCCUCCUUUUUACAAUAUUUCUUCCUCUCUCCCUUCCUUCCUUUUUCUCCUCCCUUCCUUCUUUCAUUUUUCAUUCUCCCUUCCCUUCUUCAUUUCUUUCUUUCUUUCUUUCUUUCUUUCUUUCUUUCUUUCUUUCUUUCUUUCUUUCUAUAAUACUUUUGCCUCCCCCUUCGUCAUUUCUUCCUUUAAUUCCCUUCUUUUUUUCUUUUUUCUUUCAUCCUUUAUUCCUUUCGUCUCUUUCUCCCUCGCUUCACUCCUUUCUUCCAUUUUGUUUGUAG